UUUGGGGAGAGCCAUGGCUGGGGUGGUUGGCGGGAGGGGUCUCUCUCCCUUCCUUGCCCACCUGGGGUGGGUUUCCUACCACAUCCUUCUUGCCAAUGAGUACAGCCUCUUCACUGACGUGAUACCGGGAGAGGUGCGGAAAGGAACGAAGCUCUGGGCAGCUCCCUUUGCCAAGGGCCGUGGUCUCCCCCUCCUGCCCCCCUCUCUGGGGAAUCCCAGGAGCUAGGGUGUGGUCCCCAGGAGGCCGGUGGGUCUGGGAAGGAAAGGAAACCGGCAGCGGUUCUCUUGGUUGACAUGAGUAUCAACAGCCGCCUUUUAAGUUCCCAAAUGCCCAUCACGAAGCACCGGCCUGGCCUGGCAGGAAGGCCGAAAGGAAUCAGAUGCUGGGGAGAUGGAGAGCUCUCGAAGGCAGUUGAUGAAGGAGAACCGGCUGCCCUGGAGGACUUGUGCUGGGGGCCUGGCGUGUUUUCAGGGCUCCUGGGAAUGGUGAGAGGUUGGGCUCAGAGCUCCAGGAUGCAACCGGCAUGCCUGUUCGUCGUAAGCGUCCUCUCCUUAGCUUCAUUGAGAAUGAGCAGGGUAGAGGCCUCAAGAGAUCAUCUAGCCAGUUUCCACCCAAAACAUAAAAAGAAAAUAGCUGCCUCUCCGAAAGAUGCCUUGAAGGAGGAGGAAGAGGAGGAGGACAAAGAAGAAGGAUUCAGAGAGCAGAUUGUUCGAAGGGCCGUGAGGAAGUAUCCCGAAGACGCGGAAAAGCACGUGGAAGCUAGCCACCGGAAAAUCUCUAUCCCCACGGGCAAAGCCGAGGGCAGCUGUCCUGAAGUGCUGGCCAAAGGGACCCUGGCAGUGAUUGUGGCCGCCUUGGCCUUCCUGGGCUUCUUCUCCACUUCGGUCCUCCUGGUGGUGGCCGUCUGCAUCUUACGGAUAAUGGAUAAGCAAAGGAAAACCGGGAAGGAAGGGAAAAACGGUUACCCUUCUUCCAGGAGGACCCUUCCUCCUAUCCCACCUCCCCGCCCAGAGCGUACGUACAUGACCAUGAAGCCCCAGGGCUCGGAUCGCCUCCAUCCAGCCACCCCGAAUACCACAGAGGAUGCCUACCUGAGUGUCAAUGAGCUGAAUCCUGGUCCCAGGACCCGUCAGAAACUCCACUACCAGAAUGUGAGCGCGUCAUCGCCACCCAAGGCCCCCAUAGAGAAGGAGUACAUGACUCCCGACAAGGUGCAGCCUUUUUCAAGCCCUCCCUCGGGAAAGAAGUACGUGACCGUGGAAGAGCCAGGCCCUACACCUGUAACGGGAGGCUCUCCAGAGAUUGGGACGACACCUCCAGGACACGACAAUCACAUUUACGAACAAGUGGAAUAGGAGACUCAUCCCGAAGAUGGGCUUUUGCGCCGUAUGAACUUUUCCUCGGAGUCCUUGGGCUGUGAAGUGGCUCCUCUGGCAGGAACCACAGGGACCCCCCUUUCCUAUUAAACCAUGCUUUAAUUCCUCGUCGGUUGAUUUUACUGUGUGUUCCAUAGAUAGAACCCGUUUGUUGUGAGAAGCUUGGCUUGGUGUGUUCUAAAACGUUGCAUUUUGCCUCCCUCCAAAGAAAAAUUCUGAUCCUUAGUGCAAUUUUAAUGUGAGGAUUAAAAAGCAACAUGUUCCUAAAAUAUACUGUAUUGCAAGGAAAAAAGUGCAGCUUUAUUAAGUUGGAAACUGAGCUACGGUACAUAAUCCUGAAAGGACUAGCGGAGUGCUGAUCACUGGCAGUCUCCUCCUGGCUCUUCCUGGCCCAGGCUUUGGCCUCUGCCCAGCUGGCAUCUUCAUCGCUUUCUUGGCAGGGGACAAUGGGAAUGCAGUUGGGGAACCCGGGAAGGGGAGGACAUGGUUGGGGAGGAGGACCUCCAGGCAGGCCUGGGACUUGCUUUCACCGGCAGCAGUUGACAGGAGAACCAGGGUGCUUCAAGGCGGCUGAGGCCUGUUUACAGCCCUGGGUCUCCAUUGUGGAGGAUGCUGUCAGCUGCCCUAGAGGCGUUGCUAAGGCAACGGAGCCCCGUUGCUAAGGAGCGGCUUGUUUACGGCGUCCACCGCAACCGUCACGCCGACAACGCAGUGCGCGGGGAGCUUGCGCUCUUAACGUAGUCGCCGUAGUGAACAGGUUCUCGCGCCUACAUUCGCGCGGGUAUUUUUCCCCCUACGACCGUUUUGCUAGGAUACGCCUCUCGGCCGCCAAUUAGAGGUCUCCGUCAGUCAUUCAAAUCAUCCAAUAGAAGAGGCUUCUUCGGGUUUUUUUUCUUUCCCCGUUGGUAGGCGGCACGGAGAAGCAACGCGAGGAGGAGGCGGAGUCUCGGGCGACCGUUGUAACGUUCCAAUAGAAAAUUCGAGGGAGAACGUCCUCGCGCUAAAAAAAACCGUUCAAGCGCCGGGAGGUAUUCGAUCAAGA